AUGGCGUCGAGACUUGACAGAUUGGUCACGAUUCUCGAAACGGGGAGCACCCGUCUCAUUCGUGACACUGCUGUCAAUCAAUUGGCUGACUGGCAGAAGCAGCACCCAGAUGAGCUGUUCAACCUUCUUUCCAGAGUUGUCCCCUAUCUUAGACAUAAGGAAUGGGAGACACGAUCAACAGCUGCCAAGGCCAUUGGCAAGAUCAUUGAAAACGCACCUCUCUAUGACCCAAAUGAGGAUGAAGGAGAUUCCGCGCCAAUCAAGAAAGACGAGCCGGAGGAGAACGGCCACGUGAAAAAGGAGGAGGAGAAGGACGUCCCAUCUUUUGCUACCGAUGAGCUCCUGAAGUUAGGGACGCUCAACGUUGAACACAUCAUCAAGCAUGGCCGACAAUUAUUACGAGGCGGCAACAUCGAUUUCGCCUUGGCCUCAUUAGACCCCUCUGCACGACUUGCACACCAAAAGAAGACUCUCAAUGGACGACUAGGUCUCCUUGGCAGGGUCUUCGAGGACGCCGAGAUGCCCGUCCUCGUGGAGAAGGACCACAGUCCCAUGACUCCCCAAGAUUCAGCCAACGGCCACAACGGAAGCAAGGAGAAUGCCUCCCAAGGCCAAAGUCAACCGGCAGAGGAAGCAGGAUUGAGUUCAAGGCAACUCAAUGUGCUGAAGAGAAAACGCAAAAGAGAGUUGCAGAAGGCCGCUCAAGGAAAGGGCGGAUUUGGAGAUCUUUCCAUUAGGAGGACGACCACCGCUGGUUCAGAGGGCUUUGACGAUACACCGAUGCCCGAUGCCGAUUCAAAACAAAAGAAUGGAAAGGUCAACGACUACUUCAACCUGGACAGACCGGCCGACGUCGACGAGGAGUCAAAAGUUGUCAGCGAAUUCAAGGGGCCCGUGAUUCCAAUCAAGUCCGAGAUUGAGGCGGACGAGACCAUGGAGGGUGCUGAAUGGCCCUACGACCGACUGUGCGACUUCUUGAAGGUGGAUCUUUUCGACCCGUCCUGGGAGACACGGCACGGAGCCGCGAUGGGCAUACGUGAAGUAAUUCGUGUGCAUGGUGCUGGAGCCGGCAGGAUACGAUCCAAGUCUCGGGCUGAGAACAACCGCUUGAACCAGGCCUGGCUCGAUGAUUUGGCUUGCCGACUCUGCUGUGUCUUGAUGUUGGACAGAUUCACUGACUACAGUUCGGAUACCUCCGUGGCACCAAUUCGCGAAACGAUUGGUCAAUCCCUUGGCUCAGUCCUUCGACACGUUCCGGCAGAUUCAGUCCACGGCAUCUACAAGAUCCUCUAUCGCAUGGUCAUGCAAGAUGAUCUUCAUCUGGAGAUGCUCCAAUGGUCGGUUUGCCACGGUGGCAUGGUCGGUCUCCGAUAUGUCGUCGCUGUCCGAAAAGACCUGCUCUUGGAGGAUAAUGAGAUGAUUGACGGAGUCGUACGUCUGGUCAUGAAGGGUCUGGAGGAACACGAUGAUGAUGUCCGGUCAGUGAGUGCUGCCACGCUCUUGCCGAUGGCGAAGGAAUUCGUCACUAUGCGCCCUGGCUCCAUCGACGGACUCAUCAACAUCAUGUGGGGAAGUCUCGCGGAUCUCGGUGAUGAUCUGAGCGCAAGUACUGGCAAGAUUAUGGACCUUCUUGCGACGCUCUGCAGUUACCCCGAGGUUCUACAGGCCAUGGAAACAUCCGCCGCGCAAGAUGAAGAGCGUUCGUUCACUCUGCUCGUACCGCGACUCUACCCGUUCCUUCGACACACAAUUACGUCUGUCCGACUCGCCGUGUUGAAAGCGCUCAUGACAUUCGCCAACCUCGGCGCCCAAAACUCCCGCGGCUGGCUCAAUGGCAGGAUCUUGCGCCUCAUCUUCCAGAACAUCCUCGUCGAGAGAGAUCGUGAGACACUGAAUAUGUCUAUUGAUGUGUGGACAGCCCUUGUGCGAUCUCUUUCGCAGACUCCUGACGUUUUGGCCGAUGAGUUUGCGGCACACGUCGACCCAUUGAUGAGGCUAACUCUGCACCCCGUUGGUGUGUCACGGCAUCCCCUACCCAUGCCUGCGCAUCUCUUCCAGAGACCUUCAGGCGGCACUUACACGGCAGUCACUGCAACACCCGCCCGCAAGGCAUCAUCUCCUGAGGGUCCUGAAAGAGCCACCAAGCGCCGCCGGAAGUCUGCCAAGACUGAUGACGCGCCCGUCGCGACGCAUACACAUGAUGUCGAUGGCCAUAUGAUCCAAGGCGACGUCGACUUGGUUGGCAUGGAUACACUCAUCCGUUCGCGAGUUUCGGCUGCCAAGGCGAUGGGUCUGAUCAUGUCCUUCAUUCCGAACAGCCACAUGGCAGAGUACGAUGAGCUCAUCACCAGUGGUCUCGCAGACAGGAACGCCUCCACGCAGCUUGCGGCUUGCAUGGUCAUUGACGAGUACGCCAAGAACAACACAGCAGCCGAAGGACCUCAGAGAUUUGUGGCACCCUUGCAAAAGAUUAUUGAGGCGGAGCGGCCCUCUCAUUACGGAGACCUAGUCAGCUACAUGCAUCGCGUACGAUCCCAGUGUCAGCAACUUCUCAACAUGUUCCGCGAUCAUGGCAAGGUCUCAAGCGGCAGACUCCCUACACUCGCCGUUCUGGUUCAGGGAGACGAGCAAGCUGGGCCUGGUGCUUUCUCCAUCGCCGUCGCAGACAAAGUCGUCGGCGAAGACUUUGACAAGCUCAAAAAGGCCAUGUCGCCCGGACAACGCUUGGUGGCCAGCCAGCAGCUCGGGGAAGCCAGAGAUGUGGCCGCGUCAGCCAUCACCGACGCCAGGACUGCCAAAGAAGCUCGGGAUGUGCGCAUUAAGGCUGCUGCUGCUUGCGCUUUGGUUGCGAUCAAGGUUCUUCCAAAGAAGCCGAGUCCUCUCAUCAAGGGAAUCAUGGACAGCAUCAAGACAGAAGAAAACCAGGAACUUCAAUGUCGUUCCUCUGCCACGAUUGCCAGUCUCGUCCAGCUGUUCAAUGAGAAGGGCCGUCGCGGGCCUGCCGACAAAGUGGUCUCCAACCUCAUCAAAUUCUCUUGUGUUGAGGUUGCGGAGACGCCCGAAUUCCCCGUACAUGCAACCAAGACUGAUUGCGUGCUCUCCAUGCAAAAGGAAGAAGACCGAGUUGAUCACGCAGACGCAGCCAAGUGGGCGAGGGAAGCCAAGGCGGCGCGCAUCACCAGACGUGGCGCCAAGGAGGCUCUUGAAAUCCUGUCCAGAACGUAUGGUGCCGAACUACUCACGGCCGUUCCUACCGUGAGAACGUUCAUGGAAGAACCUCUCGUGAAGGCAUUCAGUGGCGACUUGCCCGCCGAGGCACGGGACCCCGAGAACACCUUUGGUCAAGAAAUCGUCGACGCGUUGUCACUCAUCCGGACUCUCAUGCCAACUCUCGACAAAGCCAUUCAUCCGUUCGUCAUGGAGAAGGUGCCGCUGGUGAUCAAAGCCUUGCAUUCCGAAUUGUCAGUAUUCCGCUAUAUGGCAGCGAAAUGCAUGGCCACUAUCUGCAGCGUCAUCACUGUGGAGGGUAUGACGGCUCUUGUCGAAAAGGUGCUCCCAUCCAUAAGCAACCCCGUCGAUCUCAACUUCCGACAGGGAGCUAUCGAGGCCAUCUACCACUUGAUUGCCGUGAUGGGCGACGCCAUUCUACCAUAUGUCAUCUUCCUCAUCGUCCCCGUCCUCGGCCGCAUGAGUGAUUCGGACAACGAGAUUCGUCUGAUUGCAACAACCUCGUUUGCCACCUUGGUCAAGUUAGUGCCUCUAGAGGCCGGUAUCCCAGAUCCUCCAGGUCUGUCCGAAGAGCUUCUCAAGGGUAGAGAUCGUGAAAGGACUUUCAUUUCGCAACUGCUCGAUCCCAAGAAGGUGGAGAGUUUCCAGAUUCCCGUCGCCAUCAAGGCCGAACUUCGUUCAUACCAGCAAGAUGGUGUAAACUGGCUGCAUUUCCUCAACAAGUAUCACCUCCACGGCAUUCUCUGCGACGACAUGGGUCUUGGUAAGACUCUGCAGACCAUUUGCAUGGUUGCCAGUGAUCACCACAAUCGCGCGGAGGAGUUCGCCAAAACCGGUGCUCCCGAUGUUCGUCGUCUUCCGUCUUUGGUCGUGUGCCCUCCUACGCUGUCUGGCCACUGGCAGCAAGAAAUCAAGACUUAUGCCCCGUUCCUCAGCGUCACGGCCUACGUCGGCGUGCCUGCUGAGCGCAAGACGAUGAAGGACAAUCUCGAUAAGACCGACAUCGUCAUCACCAGUUACGACGUCUGCCGCAACGACGCAGAAGUGCUCGCCAAGUACAACUGGAACUAUGUCAUCCUCGACGAAGGUCAUUUGAUCAAGAACCCCAAAGCAAAGAUCACGAUUGCUGUCAAGAAAUUGGCGAGCAAUCACCGUCUGAUCCUGACUGGUACUCCCAUUCAGAACAACGUUCUUGAGCUGUGGUCUUUGUUUGACUUUUUGAUGCCGGGAUUCCUCGGUGCGGAGAAAGUGUUCUUGGACCGGUUUGCCAAGCCCAUUGCCGCCAGUCGUUUCAGCAAGGCAUCAUCGAAGGAGCAGGAAGCUGGUGCAUUGGCUAUCGAAGCACUCCACAAGCAGGUACUUCCGUUCCUCUUGCGACGUCUCAAAGAGGAGGUGCUUGAUGACCUGCCACCAAAGAUCUUGCAGAACUACUAUUGCGACCUGAGUGAUCUUCAAAAGAAGUUGUUCGACGAUUUUACUAGGAAGCAAGGCAAGAAGCUCCAAGAAGAGGCUGGGCGCGAAGACAAGGAUGCCAAGUCGCACAUUUUCCAGGCUCUCCAGUACAUGCGAAAGCUCUGCAACUCGCCAGCAAUGGUCAUGAAGCCGACGCACAGCAUGUACGAUGAGACUCAACGCAUCCUCAACAAGCAGGGAACUAGCCUCGAAGACCCUGUUCAUGCUCCGAAGCUAACUGCGUUGAGAGAUCUGCUUGUCGACUGUGGCAUUGGCGUGGAAGAGGCUGAGUCUAAUGAUCCACUCUACCAGCCGAUUAAGCCCCAUCGCGCCCUUAUCUUCUGUCAGAUGAAGGAAAUGCUGGAUAUGGUCCAGAAUACCGUCCUCAAGAACAUGUUGCCCGGCGUUUCUCACCUGCGCUUGGAUGGUUCAGUCGAAGCCAACAAGAGACAAGACAUUGUAAACAAGUUCAACAGUGAUCCAUCAUACGAUGUGUUGCUCUUGACGACCAGCGUCGGAGGUCUGGGUCUCAACCUUACGGGUGCCGACACGGUCAUCUUCGUCGAGCAUGAUUGGAACCCGCAAAAGGAUAUGCAGGCUAUGGAUCGUGCCCAUCGUAUUGGCCAGAAGAAGGUUGUCAACGUCUACCGUCUUAUUACCAGGGGCACGUUGGAGGAGAAGAUUCUCAGUCUCCAGCGUUUCAAGAUUGACGUUGCAUCAACUGUCGUCAAUCAGCAGAAUGCAGGCCUGUCUACCAUGGACACAGAUCAGAUAUUGGACUUGUUCAACCUGGGAGAUACAGGACCUAGUCUAAUAUCCGACAAACCAAAGAACGCAAUGGAGGGCAGGGAAGAGGACAUGGUGGAUAUCGAAACGGGUGACGUCGUUACAGGCAAGCAGCCCGGCAAGAAGGCUUGGCUUGAUGACCUGGGCGACCUGUGGGAUAACAGCCAGUACGAGGAGAGUUUCGACCUGGAUGGUUUCUUGAAAACCAUGCAAUGA